AUGGUCUCCUUCAAGUCGAUUCUUCUCACCCUCACCGCCGCUGCCAGCGUCUUCUCCGCCCCGACCCCUGAGGCGGGCGAGCUGAUCGCGAGGCAGAACACGCCAAGCGGCACCGGCACGCACAACGGCUACUUUUAUUCCUUCUGGACCGACGGUGCUGGCCAGGUGACUUACACCAACGGCGCUGGCGGUUCGUACAGCGUGACGUGGUCCGGCAACGCCGGCAACUGGGUUGGCGGCAAGGGAUGGCAGACGGGCAGCGCUAGGACGAUCAACUACUCGGGCACCUACAACCCCAACGGCAACUCGUACCUCGCCGUGUACGGCUGGUCGCGCAACCCGCUGGUGGAGUACUACAUCGUCGAGUCGUACGGCACGUACAACCCGGGGUCCGGCGGCACCAAGAAGGGCACGGUCACGUCGGACGGCGGCACCUACGACAUCUACGUCAGCACCCGCACCAACGCGCCCAGCAUCGACGGCACCCAGACCUUCCAGCAGUACUGGUCCGUGCGCCAGUCCAAGCGCGUCGGCGGCACCGUGACGACCAAGAACCACUUCGAUGCCUGGGCCGCCGUUGGCCUUAACCUGGGCACUUUCGACUACCAGAUCGUCGCUACCGAGGGCUACCAGAGCAGCGGAUCGGCCACGAUCACCGUGCAGUAA